AGACUGCCCGCGGCGUAAAAGUAGUACCAGAAACUGAACUGACUACGUGUAAGCUUUCCAACCAUGAUCACAUAUUCUUCACUCUCCCAUCCCAUAGCUUUCCCAUUCAUCACACUAAGAAAAUCAGCGACGAAAGUUUCAUUUCUACUGCUUCUUCUCAAACAACCAUUUCCAAGCAACUGCAAAUUUGUUGCAGCCAUGCACUCAAAUUCUUCCGGAACAAUGGCUGUUUCAGUUCCAGGAGUAAGUCCCCAAGAAAUGGUCGCCAUAGCUCAGGAAACCUUCCGGAGAUGCACGUCAUCGUCGUCUUCUGGUUCUUCAUUGCCUGAGAGGAGAGGCAAAGGGGUGGCCAUUGUUUGGUUCAGGAGUGAUUUGAGGAUAUUGGACAAUGAGGCUUUGAUUAAGGCCUGGCUUUCAUCUCAAGCUCUCUUGCCCGUCUACUGUGUUGAUCCUAGGCUUUUCACCUCCUCCACCCAUUACUUUGGCUUCCCUAAAACUGGAGUUUUGAGGGCUCAAUUUCUCAUGGAGUCUUUGGCUGACUUGAAAAAUAACUUGAAAAGCCGUGGUCUGGACUUGUUGAUUAAACAGGGGAAACCAGAGGAUAUACUGCCUUUGCUUGCAAAAGCACACGGAGCCCACACGGUGUUUGCUCAGAAAGAAACAUGCAGUGAGGAGUUGAAUGUUGAGAGAUUGGUUGCUAAAAACUUGAGACGAGUUGACCAGCCAUUGUUGAAAGGGUUGUCCACUAAGCCAGAGUCCAAAACUGGUACCAAAUUGCAGUUGAUCUGGGGUGGUAGUUUGUACCAUAUUGAUGACAUUCCAUUUGAUUGUAAGUGUUUACCAGAUGUCUAUACGCAAUUCCGUAAGUCUGUUGAGUCCAAGUCUACAGUGCGUGCUUGUUUAAAGAUUCCAACAACACUUGGACCUCCACCAAAUAUUAGUGACUGGGGCACUGUUCCUGAAAUUACUGAGCUCGGAUUUCAGAAGCCAAAGGUGGAGAAAGGAAUGAGAUUUGUGGGUGGUGAAAGUGCAGCUCUAAGUAGACUACACGAGUACUUUUGGAAAAAGGAUCUGCUGAGGAUUUACAAAGAAACUAGAAAUGGGAUGUUAGGUCCUGAUUACUCAACAAAAUUCUCUCCUUGGCUUGCUGCGGGAAACCUUUCUGCUCGUUUCAUUUAUGAGGAGGUAAAGAGAUAUGAAGCUGAGAGGCAAUCAAAUAAUUCAACAUACUGGGUUUUGUUUGAACUGAUAUGGAGAGAUUACUUCAGAUUUUUGUCUAUUAAGGAGGGAAACACUCUCUUUAAUCCAGGUGGGCCCAGAAAAGUUGAGGUUAACUGGAACCAAGACAGCAUUCUUUUUGAUGCUUGGAGAGAUGGUCAUACUGGGUACCCUCUUAUAGAUGCAAAUAUGAGAGAACUGUCAACUACAGGGUUCAUGUCAAAUCGAGGCCGGCAGAUUGUAUGCUCCUUUCUUGUUCGAGACAUGGGCAUUGAUUGGCGAAUGGGAGCUGAAUGGUUUGAAUCAUGCCUUUUGGACUAUGAUCCUUGUUCCAAUUAUGGUAACUGGACAUAUGGUGCAGGUGUUGGGAAUGACCCGAGAGAGGACCGCUAUUUCAGCAUUCCCAAGCAGAUGACACUUAUUGUUCAAACAUGCAAAACUGGAGGACCCGUAAGGCUCAAAAUUAUGACCCUGAAGGGGAGUUCGUAGCUUACUGGUUACCAGAGUUGCGAGCACUGCCAAAAGAGAAAAGGAAUUUCCCAGGACAUUUGUACAUUAAACCGGUUGUAGGCCUCAAGCAUGGGGGCAGCAAUAAAACCAGUUCUAAGACAAGAACUGCUGGGCGUGCAAAAACAUGGAAGUGAUUUGCAAGACAAAGGAAUGAGUUAGAAUUUGCUCAUGAACUGGCUUGUUGACUUUUUUUCUGGAAAGGACUAUAGACUAUUAUAUAUAUAGGAUCAAAAGAUUUACACGUGAAGGGUAAGUAGCUUUUAAAGUAUGCCAUGGGGGGAGCAAUGUUCGCACAUAACAUCAUAUUUAAGCUUGAAGACAACUUUUCCCACACUAUGACUAACAAGAUUACUUUGCCUUCUAACAAAAGAAAACCUACUCACUUCAAAACCUUCUCUCAAUCGAUCAAUGUCCAGUAGCAACCCAUUGAGAUAACUGCUAGUCUCAGUGCCCAAGCUUCCAGGUAUGUUGCCUCAAGCCUAAAGUUGAGUUGAUUAGCCCAGAUUGUGAUUAUUUUUCCAUCGCCGUCCCUUGCCACAAUCCCACAACCUGCUUUGUUAAUUUGAGGUUGGAUUGCUGUGUCAACAAUUUAGCUUGAUGAAGGCUGGUGGUGGGGAAGUCCAGGUUGCUUCCGUGGUGUUCCCCACGGUUCUUGGACGUUCUUGGACAUUCUUGUACUCCAUCUUCAGAGCCUCCCUGUAUUCCCUCCAUUAUCUGAAUGUCUUGUCCACCAAGAAUAGAACCGGUGAGCUCUUUCUGUCAAAGUUCUCAUUUCUGGCUUUCCGAAGUUGCCACAAGAAGUUUGCAGUCGGUUCAAUCUGUUCCCUACCAUUAGGUCUUUCCAUUGCUGAUUGCUGCCUUUCCCACCAUCUCCAAAAAUUCCACCUAUCAUCCCAAAGUCAAUCCUAUUGGAUAGGGAAGAUUUUCCAAGCAAGCUGUACAUUGCUACAAAAAAACAGCACAUGAUCAAUAGUUUCUAUCUCAUAUCCACAGCAUCUACAAAUCGGAUCAACCUUCUUUGUUAGUUGGGAUAAUAUUGUUCAGGCAUUUCCAAAGAAAGUGUUUUAUUUUAUGUUUAAAUUCAAACUCUGUAGUUUUUUCCAUACCUUGGCUUCCCCUCUCCCGUGACUGGGCUCUUCCUCCCUUCAAGCACGUUGUUUUAUCAUUAUCAGCCGGUAUUUUUGCCAUGCGGUAUCCGGAAUUCGCUGAAUAUACUCCCAUCUUGUCUGCACUCCAGAAAUAGCUAUCUAGUCCUUCAAAGAGGCUGAGAGGUAUCUGCUCGACUAAGCUCACAUUCCUUUGUGGAGAAAAGGUUGGCAAGUAGGUCUGUGUUCCAGUUCCUCGCAGCUCUCAGUUCCAGCACAUAAACCAGGUCGCAAUUUGGAGGUUUCUGGGCUUGGACCUUUCCAUCAUUAGAGUUUGGGACCCAUCAGUAGAGUUUGGGAACAUCAUAUAUGGCCACUACCAACUGUUUUCCUCCCUCUUUUUGCCAGUAGAUCAAGCGAGCUAAGUAAGCUUUGCCAAAUCUUUGGAGGCUGUUGGCUUCUUCUUCACUUCAAAAGUUAAGCUCCUGGGGAAGUAUUCAGCUUUCAUUACCUUGUUUACCAGCAGGUUCAAGCAGGUAACGAACCUCCACAGUUGCUUAGCCACGAGAGCUGAGUUGAAGUGAUGGAUAUCCCUGAAUCCCAUUCCCCCCUCCCUUUAAGAUUGCACAUUUCCUCCACUUCAUCCGGUGCAUUUUGUCCUCUCCAUUAUUGUUUUCCCACAAAAAUUUGGCUACUUGGGAGUUUACUUCUUUGCACAGGUAACCUGAACACAGACAUUGAGUAGGCUGGCAUAGUUGAACCACUAACUUGAUCAGGACUUCCUUUUCUGCGGGGCUGAGUAGCUUUCCCAUUGCAGUUUUUUGUCCAAUCUUUCUUUGAUGUAUGUAAAUAUCGCCUUCUUUGAUCUGCCAAUCACUAGAGGUAAUCCAAGGUAUUUGCCAUCUGUGACAA